UUUGUAGUGUCUAAUGAUUUUUAUUUAAUGAAGCAUUUUGUGUUUCAUUUUAUAGAAAAUAUAGGAAAAAAUGAAAAGUAGAUUUACCACGAUUGAUCUCAAGUCAAUAAUAACUGAAAUACAGAACAGCAAUGCCAUGGGACUACGUGUGUUUAAUGUUUAUGACAUUGAUAACAAGACAUAUUUACUCCGAUUGACCCAUGGAGACACGAAAGUUAUGCUACUUAUUGAGUCAGGAAAUCGAGUGCAUUUAACUGAGUAUGAUUGGCCAAAGAACAUGAUGCCAUCUGGUUUUUCGAUGAAGUGUAGGAAACACUUGAAAGGCCGUCGUUUGGCGUCUGUGUCUCAAGUUGGAAUCGAUCGCAUUGUUGAUUUUACAUUUGGGUAUGAGGAAGCAGCUUAUCAUUUAAUCGUGGAGUUGUACGAUCGGGGAAAUAUUAUAUUAACUGAUUACGAGUACAGGAUUUUGCAGUUGUUGCGAAAUCGAACAGAUGUGGAUAAAGAUGUCAAAUUUGCUGUUCGAGAGGCGUACCCUAUUGAUUUGGCAAGAAAACAUGAAGCUUUAUUAUCAAAGGAGAGAUUAAAAGAAAUUUUACAUCAAUCUAAGCCUGGAGAAAAUUUGAAAAGAGUGCUUAAUCCACUGUUUGUUUAUGGGCCUGCGGUGUUGGAGCACUGUCUGCUAGAAACAGGAUUGCAACCGAGCAUUAAAUUAGGACAGAAGUUUAAUAUUGACAAUGAUGAUGACAUGAAUAAAUUAAUGACGGCGCUGGAAAAUGCUGAAAAUAUUUUGUAUGACAAACAAGUUGCCAGCGGAUAUAUCAUCCAAAAGAAAGAAGUCCGACUAAAAUCUAAUAACAUUACUGACGAAUCAGGGGAUGAUCUUUUGACAUAUGUUGAAUUUCAUCCAUUUUUAUUUACACAACAUCAACAUUUACCACAUAAAGAAUUGGAAUCCUUUAAUAAAUGUGUUGACGAAUUCUUUUCGAAACUAGAAGGUCAAAAAUUUGAAAUAAAAGCUUUGCAAAUUGAGAAGGCUGCUAUAAAGCGAUUGGAAAAUGUUAAACUGGAUCAUGAAAAUCGAAUCAAAUCUUUACAGGAUAGUCAGGAUGCUGAUAUGAAGAAAGCUGAAUUGAUCGAGAUUAAUUUACCUUUGGUAGAAAGAGCUAUUGCUACUAUAAAUAGUGCUCUCGCUAAUCAAAUCGGUUGGGAAGAAAUUGAAGAGAUCGUGCAAGAAGCGAAAUCUCAAUCUGAUCCAGUAGCAAAUGUGAUCAAAAAGUUGAAGUUAGACACAAAUCAACUUGUUUUGUCUUUAACUGAACCCUUCAUGGACGUAACAUCCGAAAACGAAGAGCAAGAUGACAAGGAAAAUAAACGAACAAACACAAAUAGACCUGUGGAUGUUUUGAUUGACUUAAGUUUAACUGCAUUUGCGAAUGCACGAAGUUUGCACAACAAAAGAAGACAUGCCGCUUCUAAGGAACAGAAAACUUUACAGGCUUCUAAAAAGGCCCUCAAAUCUGCGGAACAAAAGACGAAAGAAACGUUGAAAGAAGUACAAACAUCAAAACUCAUUAGUAAAACAAGAAAGACAUAUUGGUUUGAAAAGUUUUACUGGUUUAUAAGUUCUGAAAAUUAUUUAGUUAUUGGAGGAAGAGACCAACAGCAGAAUGAGUUGAUUGUGAAGAGAUACCUCAAACCAGGUGAUCUAUAUGUUCAUGCUGAUUUGCAUGGUGCGAGCAGUGUGAUUUUAAAAAACCCAGGUGGUGGAGAGGUCCCGCCUAAGACAUUAAAUGAGGCUGGUACUAUGGCAAUUUCGUACAGUGCAGCAUGGGAUGCUAGAGUGGUGACAAGUGCAUGGUGGGUUUAUCAUAAUCAGGUCUCCAAAACUGCUCCAUCGGGAGAAUAUCUUACCACCGGUAGUUUUAUGAUACGUGGGAAAAAGAACUACCUCCCUCCAUCGUAUCUUAUCAUGGGAUUUUCUGUUCUCUUCAAACUGGAUGAGUCGUCUAUAGAUACGCAUAAGAACGACAGAAAAGUUCGCCAAGUUGAUGACGACACGAAAGUCGAGCUUGACGAGAAUGAAGAAAAUGAGAUUUCUUUGGAAGAUGACGAUGAGGAGGAACAAAGUGAGGUGGUGAAUUUAUUAAACAGGCCUGUGUUAUCACCUGUAACCGAGAAUGGUGUUUUGCUAAAUGAUGCCCAAGAAGCAGCGAGUGGUGGUGUGAGAGUUGAGGAUUUCGAACUAAAGACUGAAGAAGAAGAGAUGAAAGAAAGAGGUGACACAGAAAAAGACGACGAGGAAGAAAAUUAUGAAAAGCUGUUUCCUGAUACUAAUAUACAAUUACAACACGUAUCUGGAGAUCAGUAUCAACUUCAUCGUGGUAUCUCCAACACAUCCAACGUAUCAAGCCUUGACGGUGGAAAUGAAAUUAAAGAUGAGGAAUUCAUCUAUUUUGGCGAUGGAGAGAAGCUUAGGGUGACGAGGCAAGAUCCCCAGACUGGGAAAGUUAGACUAUCUGCGAAACAAAAAAGAGAUUUGAAGAAGAAAAACAAGAAAGUUGUCAUGGAAAAUGUGAAAGAAGAUGAAAGUGAAAAUAUGCAAGACCCUACAGAAAAGGUUAACAACUCUGGAGAUAGUAACAACACAAAGAAGAAACAACAACAACAACAACUCCAACCUGAACAGCGAAAACGUGGUCAAAAAAGUAAACAGAAAAAGAUGAAAGAGAAAUAUAAAUACCAAGAUGACGAAGAUAAAGAAUUGAUGCAACAAAUAUUAAGGUCUCACGAACCAGGAAAAAAGAAAGAAAAACAGAAGCAAGUGAAUAAAAAGCAACCAAUUAAACAACAGCUAAAGAUAGCCGCUCCGACUGUUAACGCGCCAAACAUUUUACAUCAACCUGAUGAUCAACCUCUCAAUGAAAAAAAUAAAAAUGAGGCCGAAGAUGAAAAAGAUGACAUAGUGGAAGAAUUUGAUAAGGAACACACCACUAUUUUGGACUCGUUGACUGGUUGUCCAGUCGAAGAUGAUGUGUUGCUGUAUGCUAUUCCACUAUGUGCGCCAUACACGUGCAUGACUAACUACAAAUAUAAAGCUAAGUUAACGCCAGGUUCAGGAAAGAGGGGCAAAGCGGCCAAAACAGCUUUAAAUAUGUUUAUGAUGUCAAAAGAUUCAAAGGACUGGGAAAAAGACCUACUGAAAUGUCUUAAGGAUGUGGACAUAUCGAGGAACAUACCAGGCAAAGUGAAGGUUUCAGCUCCGAAUAUACAAAAAGUGCGAAAAAAAUAACUUUAAACUUGUAUCGUGGAAUUUAUAUUUUUAAAGUAUAUUUAAUAGAAAAUUAUGUCAGCGAUAAUUGUAGCGCGCUUAGGACUAGCUUACCCGUACUAAUAUUCUGGUGAAAAACUUUGUCGAAUUAUUAUUCUUCGCAACUUCCUCAAUUUUCCUUUUAUGAAACUAUGUCACAUGUUUUCAUUUUCAAAAUGCAUAGAAAUGCUAAUAAAGUUAAAAAUAAAAAAUGGAAAUGCCCUCAAAUCAUCUUAAAUUGGACUUUAUAAAAAGAGUGGCAACAUUUUAAACUUGGGAAGGCGGUUAUUACAUCAGCGCUAAAAAUAUGAAGCUACGGUACCUAAAAAUGCAAAAGGAUGACCCCCCCCAAAAAAACAACAACAAAAAAAACAACAGUAAAACCAACGGAAUAGUCGCUUAGAUGAAAGAACACAAUGUUUCAUACUAUAUACAUAAAAAGUUAAACUAAUAAGCAGAAAAUAGGUUUUAUCUGAAUUAUUAGAUUAUAGUAACAACAACAUAAACAACAACAGACAAAUACAAUAAAUUAAAAAAUGGCAAGAUUAUAUCAAGAUUUUGUGCAGGCAUAGGCAGCUACUUAAAAUUUGGAUUUUUAAGCAGUAACAGGUAAUUAAAAACAAACUGAUUUAGCAGAAGUCAAAAAAUAUUUAGCCCUAUAGUCUCAUAGGAAGCAAAUCAAUGUUUUUAUUUUCGGUAAAAUCAUUUUGGUACUUGUUAAGGUAUGAAUUGGCAAAAAAAUGAUGAAUCAAACUUAAAAAUAGCUGCUAUGCGACAAUGACUAUAAAUGCUUGAAAACUGUUAACAAAACAAAACCUCUCAAGAACAUUUAACUACAUGUAUUUUUAUGUCCAUCUGGCUAGAAAUCGCAAAACAUAAUGUACAAAGUUGUGAUGAACAUCAACAAACUAAUAUCCAUACCAGCUGGUUAGCUAUUCGAUUUAUUGUGUUGUUAUAAAAAUUCUUGUUACUUAAAUAAAAAAGAAACCCAAGACAACACAAAGCUCUUUUGAAUUUGUUAAAAGUGAAACUAAAUAGUUUUAUGUUGACACUUGCUAGCAAUGUAAUACAAAGCAAUUUUUGUAUCUAUGUAACGAUCAAAGGAAUUAAAAAUAAACAGAUGUACCUGAAAGCGUAAUCAUUCAGUUGAUGCUUUUCUGCCAAACUGCUUUUCUGCUGCAAUCACAGGUGACACACAGAAUAAAUGUUUUCCUUUGGAAAAGAAGUUAAAACUCCCACUUUAAAAAAAGUAUUCGAAAAUCAACUCAAAAUAUUGUACUAAUUACGAAAAAAAAAUUUCUUUUGUACUUAUUUUGAUUUGUUCGCAAGAUAUUCGUUGUUGAAGUUGUAAAAUAUUAGCUGGAGAAGAAGCUUCGUGCCAGUCGCCAUCUUGUGUUCCAAUUGUAAAUAAAUUCCUUCGCGGGAGGGCUUGUGACGUCAACUCCCGGAUGAUAAUUUCGCUGACUCUGCCGUUGCACCAUGUUUUUAUAUACAAAGCGGUUUUAUAUAUGACAAAGCGGUUGUUGUUUUUUCAACUUUUGUAACGGGUACUAAAGAUGAGUUUGUAACAGGUAUAUACUGAAGAUAAGUAAA